GUGCUCGCCUCGACCGCCAGGGGCGCGCGGCCUCCGCGGCUCUCUAGCCCGCCAGCGGGCCAUCUAUGGUUUCCGGAGGCCUCGCCGGAAGCCCCGAGCGCGGCGGUUGGAGGCCGGAAGUUGCGUCCUCACUGCUCGCCGUUUCAAGAUGCUGCCGCGGCCUUAGGGCCUGUGCCUGACGCCCCCUCCCCCCGCCCGGCGGGGGAGCGACGGACGCGGUGGCCGCGAGAUUUAUCAACAGACUGCAGCUUCUUCACUGCCAAAAUGACAUCAUUUUCCACCUCUGCCCAGUGUUCAACAUCUGACAGUGCUUGCAGGAUCUCUCCAGAACAAAUCAAUCAGGUACGACCAAAACUGCCACUUCUGAAGAUUUUGCAGGCAGCAGGUGCACAAGGUGAAAUGUUCACUGUUAAAGAGGUCAUGCACUAUCUAGGCCAGUACAUAAUGGUGAAGCAGCUUUAUGACCAGCAGGAGCAGCAUAUGGUAUACUGUGGUGGAGAUCUUUUGGGAGAACUACUAGGACGUCAGAGCUUCUCCGUAAAAGAUCCAAGCCCUCUCUAUGAUAUGCUAAGAAAGAAUCUUGUCACUUUAGCCACUGCUUCUACAGAUGCCGCUCAGACUCUCGCUCUCGCACAGGAUCACAGUAUGGAUAUUCCAAGUCAAGACCAACUGAAGCAAAGUGCAGAGGAAAGUUCCAAUUCCAGGAAAAGAAUUGAAGAAGGGAAUAUUCCUACACUGUCUACCUCACAGCAUAAAUGCAAAAAUUCUAGAGAAGAUGAAGACUUGAUAGAAAAUUUAACUCCAGAUGAGACGUCUAGGCUGGACCUUGGGUUUGAGGAGUGGGAUGUGGCCGGCCUGCCUUGGUGGUUUUUAGGAAACUUAAGAAACAACUAUACCCCUAGAAGUAAUGGCUCAACUGAUUUACAGACAAAUCAGGAUAUAGGUACUGCUGUUGUUUCAGACACCACGGAUGACUUGUGGUUUUUGAAUGAGUCAGUGUCAGAGCAGUUUGGUGUUGGAAUAAAAGUUGAAGCUGCCGAUACCGAACAAACAAGUGAAGUAGGGAAAGUGCGAGACAAAAAGGUGAUUGAAGUGGGGAAAAAUGAUGACCUGGAGGACUCGAAGUCCUUAAGUGAUGACACUGAUGUAGAAGUUACCUCUGAGGAUGAGUGGCAGUGUACUGAGUGCAAGAAAUUUAACUCUCCAAGCAAGAGGUACUGUUUUCGUUGCUGGGCCUUGAGGAAGGAUUGGUAUUCAGAUUGUUCUAAGUUAACCCAUUCUCUUUCCACAUCUGAUAUCACUGCCAUACCCGAAAAGAAGGAAAAUGAAGGAAUUGAUGUCCCUGAUUGCCGAAGAACCAUUUCAGCUCCAGUUGUUAGACCUAAAGAUGUAUAUAUAAAGGAAGAAAACCCCAAACUUUUUGAUCCCUGCAAUUCAGUGGAAUUCUUGGAUUUGGCUCACAGUUCUGAAAGCCAAGAGACCAUAUCAAGCAUGGGAGAACAAUCAGAUAACCUUUUUGAACAGAGAACAGAUACAGAAAACAUGGAGGAUUGCCAGAAUCUCCUGAAGCCAUGUAGCCUAUGUGAGAAAAGACCACGAGAUGGGAACAUUAUUCAUGGGAGGACAGGUCAUCUUGUUACUUGUUUUCACUGUGCCAGAAGAUUAAAGAAGGCUGGGGCUUCGUGCCCUAUUUGCAAGAAAGAGAUUCAGUUGGUUAUCAAGGUUUUUAUAGCAUAGCUGAAUCAAUGAAUUGUAGAUAAAUAUUAAUGAGGCCAGAGGAUAUCUCAAAACGUCAGUAUUGACCAUCUCUACUGAGUGCGACCCGUUGCUUCUGUUGAUUUAUUCAUCUAAACAUCUGUGUUCCAGGACAUAUUUGCUUCUAAACCUACAUGGAAUUUGAGAAGGAGUUCUUUAGAACUAGGUUAUCAGUUUGGGGGCUCCAUUAACAAUAUGAAAAGAUAUGUUAAUCACUUCAUUCUCCGUCAAAGAUGAGGAUCCUAGGAGGGAGAAGCUACCAGUACAAACAAAAAUUGAUUCAUCGAUUUACCAGGUUACUUAAAGAGUAAUCAUUUCUUUAGUUGAUUUUAUUCCCUACUCUUCUUUUCUAUUAGGGAAUGUUCUUAGGCAUCAAAAUGCAAGGUUGCUAUUAGAAAAAUAUAAAAGCUACCAAUGAAAAACCUUAAUUUGAUUAGUCAAGCUACAUAGUAUGUAGAUCACUUGAUGUUGCGAUCAGGCUGCAUGAUUCAGAGAAGCUAAAAGAGAAGUCUUAAAAAAUGAGAUUUCUUCCAUGUAUGCCUAGAAAAAUUACAUCAAACAUUUUUGUGAACAUAUCCCUAAAAGAAUUUUGAGAAAGUAUAUGUAAUCUUUUGCACAUGUAAAAAAUUGAGGUAUAUUAGCAAACAGUCAAGUGUUCCUUUCUGCUGGGUUGUAGACAUCUAAAUAACCACCCAAAAUAAGCUACAGAGCGUCUCUGUUACUGCACAAUUUUUCCUGUGCCCUCCACUGUUUCAUGGCUCUCACCCUAGAUUACUUUUCCUUUUGCACAGGUUUAAUUUAGCAUCUAGAUUUUUUAAACAAAUUUAAGUACUUAGGAUAUACUAUCCAGUAUAUUCUAUAUGUGCUUUAAAGAUAUUUUUAUCAAAGCCUGGGAGCUGUAGAUUUAGCUGAUUAAAUUUAUAGACAAAAGUCCUGGCAUAAAUUGGCAAAGCCUAUUCUUAUUAUAAAAUUAAUCAGCCAAAUUAGACUUCACUUUCAGUCAGAAAAUAUUUGAAUUUAUUUUUGAUUCAAAUAAAUGUAUUAACAUAUGUCUCUGGCACAGCCUUGUGAAUUGCAGUUCUAAGAAAGAAAGAUAAGGCACAGAAUUUUUAACCAAAGCGCUCUUUGCUUUACUCUGUCCUCACUCUUGAGAGUCCUCUGGGGGUUUUAUCCUUUCAUUUGAUGCCUCUAGAGAUUUUUUACACUCUGAGGCAGUGCCUCAUAAAAAGAUUCUAGAUGGGUGAGAGGCAGCCUUUUGAAAAUAGGGAGUAUGGCUGUUAUGAAAAGGAAAUACAGAAAUGGUCGAUCUGAAGAGGGCUCAUCUGAGCACGUAAAUCUUAGGACAUUACGUAUGGAAAUUAAAGAUCUUUAAAUUGAUAUCCUGUGUCAUUUUGAAGACCAAGGCCCUAGAAUUAUCAAAUUUAAAGAUCAUAAUAGUUUCCUGGAUUGCUUGUUAAAACUCCUAACUCACACCUUCCCCCGCCCCCCAACACACACAGACUUUGAUCCCCAAGGUCUGGCCAGGGAUUUUCAUUUUAACGAAUUUCUAGACGCUGACCACACUUUUGGAAUCCCUGCCCUAGAAGGAAGGGUUUUUUCAGGUACAGAAAGUAGAACAAGAUCCCUUUACUUAGCUUCGUAUUUAAUUUCUAGAGGGAAAGAUUUGUUAGAGAAUUUUAAAACUAGACUGCACUCAUAUAGUCAACCCCUUUUAUUUUGCACGUGAGGUAAAGUGGCCCCUAAGUCACAGCUAGUGAUAGGGCUAGUACUAGAGUCCCAGUCUCUUGUCAGUCAGUCUUUAAACUGUACUUGCUUCCUUCUCAUUACUUGUAAGUAUUUAAAUGCUGGUGCUUCUUGAAUCUUGGACAACUCAUAACCUUAAAAUAUUGCAGUGUAUGUCUUGGAGCCAGAAUAGGACUUUAGAGAGAACAGUUAACUUUGACUCUUUCUUUCUCCCCCAAGAGAAGAGGCCCAGCAAGUGUCAGGCCUUCUUAUAUAAUCGGAUAACUUAUUUCUGCCACUAGGAGGGCAGGUAACAGGGGCAAGGAGCUUGAACCAUUUUCUGCAGCAUUGCUCCUUCUUGGGAAAUAAGGCUCAUAUCUCUGGCUCUCUCCGGGCAUCACGGACAAGGGCUCCUUUCCCUCAGUAAGUAGAACCAGUCUUUUGAGUUCAGUGUUUUGUUAGACUGUGGUAAAUGCUCUGAAACUUCAGAGAGUUAAAUUACUUUCCUCCGUAUUUCCCCUUAGUGCUACACUCUUCAUAACAGCUUGAUAGCCCUCAAUUUUGUUUUAUUUUUGCCAGUCAGAUGCUUUUUGCAAGCGAUAACUUAAGGGGUGGGGGCAGGGAGAGUUGGACAUCUGCGCUUGUACCUUAUGAUUCCUCUUAUGUAAAGGUGCGGGUUUUUUUAGAAAAUUAAGAAAAAAUUUUUAAAUUUUAUUUGUGUUUAUAAUAUUUAAUGCUAAUUUUGGCAUAUCCUUGCCUAGCACAGAGUCCUCUCAUGCUACUGAGCUUUCCUCUUUUUCCCUUUUGCUCCCCUGGGUUUUUCAUUAGCACUAAGUACUUUGCUUAGAAAAAAUCUGCACCUUUGAGCUGAAUCUCAUCUUUACCUGCAGGAAACUUUAAACCAUCUUCUCCGUCUCUUUUCACUUUUGCUCUUUUUUCAAUGCCGCUGCGGUACAGAUGUGUUUUACUCACUGCCACUAAAGGAAGACAUAGUUUGUAUGUGAGGUCUUCAUAGUACUGCUCUGAGAUAAAGAAACCCUUGGCUUCCAGACACUACCAUUUAUUGUGCUUAAGGUGGCCAUGUGCUCUGGUUUUCCGGGGACAGUGCUAGUUUACUCUUACUUUUCAGCAUCCCUUCCAGUUUACCUAGUCUCCCCCCAUGAACUCUCAGAUGUCUUCAUUUGUACCUUAAAUUAUAUGGUCUUCCUAGUUAUAGGUAAGCCAUGCUUCACUUGAAAUCUUUUUGGUUUUUGAGGUAUAAUUGACACACAACAUUGUGUUAGUUCCAGGUGUAGCACGCAGUGAUUCAGUAUUUGUAUCCACUGAGAAAUAAUUACAAUAAGUCAGGUUCACAUCCGUCACCAUACGUAGCUCCAGAAUUUUUUUUCUUGUGAUGAGAACUUUUAAUGUCUGUUCUCCUAGAAACUUUCAAAUAUACAAUGCAGUGUUAUUAAUUAUAGUCACCACGCCUGUACAUUUCAUCCCCAGGACU